AUGAAUUUACAAUUAGUGACUAUCUUCAUUUUAAUAAAUUAUUGUUUAGCUGUUAAAGAUUAUUUAUUUAAAUCAUGUAAUCAAAAUGGAUUUUGUCAUAGAAAUCGACAUUAUGCUAAUCAAAUUUCAUUAGAUUCAAACUUCCAAUCACCUUAUUAUAUUGAUUUUAAUCAAAUUAAAAUUGAUGGGGAUAAAUUAAGAGGGACAGUAUUGAAAAUAGGAUUUGACGUGAAGUUCCCAUUUGAAAUUAGUGUUAUUGAAAACAGUUUUAGAUUUCAAUUGGAUGAAAUUAGAAACCCAAUUGAACAUUUUGUUAAUCAUAACAGGUAUAAUGAAACUUCAAAAUGGGCAUUUAAUAAAGACCUUUCAAAUGAUAAAGCAGACUAUAAGAUAAAUGACGAUCAAAUUUUAAUGACUUAUAGUGAUAAUCAUGAAGUAAUUAUCAAUUUGAAUCCAAUUAAAUUUACUUUUUACUAUAAAAAUGAAGAAGUAUUAUUAAUAAAUGAUAAACAAUUUUUAUUGGUAGAACAUCAAAGAUCAAUUGAAAAUAACAAACUACUACCUCAGGAAUCUUCAUUUAAUAUGUUUUCUGAUGAUUUUAAAGACUCUAAAUCAGACAAACUUCCUUUAGGACCAGAAUCUAUUGGUUUAGAUUUCACUUUAUUAGGUUUUAACAACUUAUAUGGAAUCCCAGAACAUGCCGAUUCAAUGCUUUUAAAAGAUACUUCAGGAAAAGAACCUUAUAGAUUUUAUAAUGUUGAUAUUUUUGAAUAUGAAACUGAUUCAAGAUUACCUAUGUAUGGUUCAAUUCCUUUAUUGACUGCAGUUAAAAAGGAUGUAUCAAUUGGUAUAUUUUGGGUGAAUAGUGCUGAUUCUUACAUUGAUAUAAAAAAGGGUAAAGAUUCAACUAUUCAUUGGAUAUCCGAAAAUGGAAUACUCGAUUUUAUUAUCUUUAUUAAAGAUACACCAAAAGAAAUAAAUCAAGUAUAUGGUAAAAUCACAGGUUUCACUCAAUUACCUUUAUUAUCCAGUUUAGGCUAUCAUCAAUGUAGAUGGAAUUAUAAUGAUAUUAAAGAUGUGUUAGAAGUAAGUGCUAAAUUUGAUGAAUUUGAAAUCCCUUUUGACACCAUAUGGUUGGAUAUAGAAUAUGCAGAUAAUAAAAAAUAUUUAACUUGGGAUCCUCAAAAUUUUGGCAAACCAGAUGAAAUGUUGGAAGUCUUAGAAAGAACUGGUAGAAAUUUAGUUGCUAUUAUUGAUCCUCAUAUUAAAACAGGUUAUUUUGUUAGUGAUGCUAUAAUUUCUAAAAACAUAGGCAUGAAGGAUAAUGAAGAUAACACAUAUCGUGGACAUUGUUGGCCAGGUGAAUCUAUCUGGAUUGAUACUUUAAAUCCUAAAAGUCAAAAAUUUUGGGAUGAUGUACAUAAAACUUUUAUGAUAUCUGAUAAUCAUAAAAAUCUACAUUUAUGGAAUGAUAUGAAUGAACCAUCUGUUUUCAAUGGACCUGAAACUAGCGCACCAAAAGAUAAUAUACAUUAUGGACAAUGGGAACAUCGAUCAAUUCAUAAUGUUUUUGGUUUAACUUAUCACGAAACAACUUAUAAUUCAAUGCUUUCAAGAUUACCUGAACAAAGACCAUUUAUAUUAACUAGGUCUUAUUUUUCAGGUAGUCAACGUACUGCAGCUAUGUGGACUGGUGAUAAUAUGUCUAAGUGGGAAUAUUUAAAAGUUUCAAUUCCAAUGAUUUUAACUUCAAAUAUUGUUGGGAUGCCAUUUGCUGGAGCGGACGUUGGAGGAUUUUUUGGUAAUCCUCUGAAAGAAUUGUUGACGAGAUGGUAUCAAGCUGGUAUUUGGUAUCCAUUUUUCAGAGCUCAUGCACAUAUUGAUUCGAGAAGGAGAGAGCCAUAUUUAAUUGGUGAACCAUAUACUUCAUAUAUAAGGGAUGCAAUCAAAUUGAGAUACUCUUUAUUGCCUAUAUUUUAUACUGCUUUUUAUCAAGCUUCAAUUUCAGGCUCACCUAUUUUGAAACCUAUUUUUUAUGAUUAUUACAAUCUGACAAAUUCAAAUAUUUUUGAGAUUGAGGAUGAGUUUUUCUUAGGAGAUUCAGGUAUCUUGGUAAAACCAAUUACUGAUGAAGAAGCUAAUGAAGUUGAGUUUGUUCUUCCGGAAAAUGAAAUAUUUUAUCAAUUCACAAAUGGAAUCAUUGGAGAUAAAAUUAAUAGCUCAAAAUUUAAAGUUGGAAUAAACGAUAUACCGAUGUUACUCAAAGGUGGUUCAAUUAUAGCGAAAAAGGAAAGAUAUAGAAGAUCGUCAAAACUAAUGAAACAUGAUCCAUAUACAUUGAUAAUUGCUUUGAAUAUUCAAGGUUACGCUAAUGGUCAAUUAUAUGUCGAUGACGGAGAAAGUAUUGAUUCAGAAUUUAAAAUGAUAAAUUUUGAAUUUGAAAAUGGAAAAUUGUCAGUGAAUUCUACAGGUGACUUCUCAUUACCAAUAGAAAUUGAAAAAGCUAUAAUUGUUGGUGCAAAUGAAGUGGAUCCAGAACUUGGUCCAGUGACAAUAGAAGAUGAAAAACUUGUUAUUAAAAAUCCUCGAGUAAUUAUAUGCUAG